CGUGCGAGUAUCCGCCCACUGCAGCGCAACACAGAUUCUGCACGUUCCACAUGCGCCGCAGGUGCGCUGGGCUCUGAUCCUCCAGCGCUCGUGCACCCUCACACAGAGCGAUUAUAAAGCACCCACAGCCGGCCCCUGUCUGCUGCAUGUGCCAUACUUUAUCCUCUCUUGAGGGACAAGUUCGUGGCAUUAGAUAGAUAUCACUUUGAAAAACUUUCGUUCAUUUGAAUGCAAGGCGCUCGAGACAAAAUGCCAUUUCUUCAGCACGCACUGGACUCGCAGCUGGAGAGUUUGGCUUUGGAGCAAGUGGUUCCUGCUCUGUUGGACCGAGGCUUCUUUUACAUUGACCACUUUCUGGGGGACAUCGCGGGCCACAUGGUUCUGGGUCAGGUCAAGCGCAUGCAUUCCUGUGGGCUUCUCAACGACGGGCAGCUGGCCAGAAGAAGCAAUGGAGUCUGCAGGAAAAGCAUCAGAGGAGAUAAAAUAACAUGGGUUAACGGGACCGAGAGAGGCACGGAGGCUGUCAAUUUCUUAUUAACACUCAUAGACAAACUUAUUUCUCUGUGUGGGGGUCAAGUGGGCAAAAAUAUUCGCGCACGGUCAAAGGCGAUGGUGGCUUGCUAUCCAGGAAAUGGAGCAGGAUAUGUGAAACAUGUAGAUAACCCUAAUGCAGACGGCCGCUGCGUCACCUGUAUUUACUAUCUGAAUAAAAACUGGAAUGCAAAGGAGCAUGGUGGAAUGCUAAGGAUCUUUCCUGAAGGAAAACCUUAUGUAGCCGACAUUGAGCCUUUGUUUGAUAGACUUCUGCUUUUCUGGUCAGAUCGUCGAAACCCUCAUGAAGUUCAACCGUCGUAUGCUACAAGGUAUGCAAUCACUGUGUGGUACUUUGAUUCAGAAGAAAGAGCUGAAGCAAAAAGAAAAUUCAGAGAUCUGACAGCCAUCUCACAGAAAGGUUCAUCAUCUUAACAGAAAUACACUGGCCUGUCUCCGCCGAGAGGAUUUAUUUUGUCUACUGUCUUCUUUGCCUUUUUUUCUAUAUUUUACAUGACUUGUUG